GCUAUAGCAGAAAGGGCCCCAUCAUCAAACCAGCAUGGGUCGACCUACGAAGUCCACGAAGAAGGCACUGCCGGUGGCGGAGGUGGCACAGGCACCAAUUGGGGAGAAUCCAGCUUGGUGGGUGUACAUAUGUCCGUCGAUUACGGGUGUGCAGCGCCAAUGCGUCCAAGUGUGCGUUCGUGUGAUGGGAGGGGCCAUGACAGAGUCGCUCGACGUGGUCCAGGGCAAAGGUGGUCGCCCUGGUACGACGACGGACGUCCAAGGCUACGUUAUUUGCCCGCCAAGCCAUUAUGACUCUUACUUGACGCUUCGGGAGGACAGCUACGUGCCGCUUGUCACGCCGACAUGGAUUUUCCGGUCCGUGUUGCAGAAUUCGCAGGUGUUGCUUCCUACGGACCGGUUUUCGGCCAACCCGACGAAAGUGUUCUCGUCCGUCGUGAUGUACUGCGUGCAAGUGGACGUAGACCCGCGCAAAGUCAUCGCCGCCCUGAUGGUGAACGGCGGCGGGCAGCUCGUGUCGUUACCCACGAAUGCUGCGACGCAUGUGCUGUGUCUACGCAACAGCGGGAGCGACUACACGCAAGCCGUCGAGUGGCAGCGCCAGACCAAGUCCAUGUUGGACGACGUGGCCACGAAUGUGGCGCUUGUGCGCGACGGCUGCGACCGGUUCGCCGCCGGCGGCUGCAAGGGGUCGUUGCCUGACAUGGUGGUGCAGUACCUUCUAGGGCAAUGCGGGUUGCUGUCGCCCCAGAUCGUCAGCUACGACUGGGUCCAGGAGUGCGUUCGACAGGGCCGCCGCGUGCCCGAGACGGACUUCAGCUUCCCCGAAAAUGCGACGCCGUCGCCUUCGAGUUCCUCCAACGAACCUCCAUUGACGCUGCAAGAUCUCAUCGACACAUGCCAGAAACAAACGAUUUACCCUCCAGCCCCCGCGUCUGACGACUUGUGGAAGGAUCUGUCCCAGCACGCCCCAAGGUCAGAAGCCAUGGUCGGGGAAGUGAUUGUGUUUGCCAGGCACAUUCCGUCGUCGCUGCAGGUUCGCAUGCGGCAUGCGCUCGAAGCACUCGGCGCGGCGGUGCUGCCAUCCCAUGACCUCGUCAAAGCAACGUACGUCGUCUGUGGCUAUCAGAGCGGCGCAGAGUACUCGGCCGCGUUGACGCUGCACAAACCAGUGGUGAGCAUGCAGUGGGUCGCGGCGUGCAUUGCCGCCAAAGCCAUCGUGGCCACGUCCCCCCCCACGUCGCUGGUGCGGCAGACGUUGUACGCGCCAUCUCGACGCCAUGGAGGCAUCCCCGGCAUGGACGCGUGUGUGAUCACCCUCUCGGGCUUUAGCGCUCGGUCGUCCCCCACGAGGGAUGACAUCCAAGCGCUGGUCCGGCUCUCAGGCGCGUGCUACUUGUCCGUGUUGUCAAGGAGCCACACGACGCAUUUGCUGUGUUUGGAACCCACGGGCGAAAAGUUCAAGCGGUCGAUUGCGUGGGGCUUGACCAACGUCGUCAAGUUGGAGUGGCUAGUGCAAUCUGUGCAGCAGUGGCAAAAAGGUCCUGAAGCCACGUAUUCUUGGCUCCAGCCAUCGAUUUCAGCUAGUAUUACUACCACCCCCGUCGUGACUACUACUGGCACUUCCUCGGUGGACAAGAGGUGUUCCGCAACAACCUCUGGUGCCCCCCCCCCGUCACCCAACUCGAAACCAACCGCAAGAGGAAAGAAAGGACCGAAAUUUCAAGUCGACGACGCCCUCGAUGCAUUGUUAGACGACCCCCAGCGAACGACCCCCCUGAAAUCAACAUCCCCCCCGUCCAAGCGACCACACGAGGCCACUCCUAGUAAUACUAGUGUUACUGCAGUGACGACGCCGAUCCAACUCCGCAAGGCGAUCGCCACCAACUCGAUUGAAAACAACGAAGAAGUCGUUGCUGGGGUCCCUAAAAAGGGUCGCGUGGCGCCUGCCGUGCAGAAAAAGCAACCACUGACUAAAGGAAUCAAGCGACCGAGUUCAACGACUAAUGACGAGGCCAACGUUGCUCACGACGACACACCACCACCACCCAAAGCCCGUCGACGGACCACCACCACAAAGAAACAGAAAGCCCACGAUGACAAUGAAUGUGCCGACCAACUUGGCUCGACCAAGACGCCGAAAGCAGCGUCGUCGCAGUAUGCGUUCUUGUUGACGGGGUCCCAUGAGGACAUGGCGAUGGACGCGUCGAUUGUGAUGGCGCUGGGCGGCACCGUGCUGGAAACGAGGCGCGCGUUCGACUUGUCGUGUACGCACGUCAUUUGCAAACAUCUCAAGCGGACAGAAAAAGUGGUGUGUGGAAUGGCCUCGGGCAAGUGGAUUCUAACCCCCGCCUACUUGAAGCAAUGUCUGGCCAAAGGCACGUUUGUGGACGAAGCGCCAUUCGAAUGGGGCGGCGCCACGUCAUCCAAGCGGGGGUCGGGCACGGUGGACCCCCGCAUUUGGCCGCCCGUGGCGCAGUACUGGCGGCAGGAAAUCGCAACCGGCCGGUCUCAUGGCGCGUUCCACGGAAAGAAGUUUGGGCUGUAUGGCACGGACUCGAUGACGCCGCCGGCAGACAUGUGCCGGCGGAUCAUCCACGCCGCAGGCGGGACUAUUCUGGACCGACCAUCCGACUAUGAUCAAGACACGCUGGUCGUGGUGGGGGAAGGCAGCAAGGCCGACCCGACGGUGGGUCAGUGGACAGUCAAGGGCAUUCCAUGCAUUGCGCCUGGGUUUCUCAUUGACGUUAUCACGAAGAACCAGCUUGAGCCACCGACAUGGGAGUCGUAUGCUGUCGGAGGAAGAGCUUAAUAGUCGCCUUCCUUGGGUAAUCCUUCCACGAGGUCGUCGUCGUGGCUGUAGUUCUACUUGUAGUAGUAUACCACAUAUAGUAACAAUAUUCAAUUUAUACACACAACGAGU